GGAUAACCCAAGAAAUGAUGUGAAUUAGAUGACUCUGACAGCUUGACGUUGAACCUGCGCUCUAGGGUUAUUUUAGUUCACACGCUCGCCCUCUUGCUUGUGUCGUCCGUACUUAGACUUUCCUCCCAUAUGCUUCUCUGACCAUAAACUUGGCUGUACAGCCUGACGUCUGUGCCCCUCCACUUUCUUUGUGCAAGCUUGCAGUUGCUUGUUGUUCCGGCUUCCAUUUUGCGCCAUACCUAAAUCUCCUCUUCACCAAAACCACACAUCCACAACCACCAUGUCUGGACGAGGAGCAGCUACCGCCCGCGGCCGCGGGGGCAAGUUCAAGAAGUACACAAGAGGAGGUGGUCACCACUUCUCUCGCGACCUGCGACCCCUCGACGCCGAUGGAAACGAAAUCAGCAUGUGGAGCGUCGACGCCCAGAAGAAGAACCGCCGUGGCGCCGGCGGCGACUCUGACGACGACUCCGAGGAAGACUCUGACGAGGAGGACUCCGAUGAGGACUCUGACGACGACGACGCCGGCCCUUCCACCAAGACGGCUGCUGCUGCUGCCACGCCUGCGAGCAGAGAGGAGCGCAGGGCUGCCAAGAAGGCCCAGAAGGACGCCGCGAUAGCCAGGAAGAAGAAGGCCGCCGUGCAGGUCGGAGACAUGCCCAGCGACUCGGAUGAGGACAGCGACUCGGACUCUGACGACGACAAAGACAUGCCCGCCAACCCCAACCACAGCAAGGCCGCGCGCAAGCAGACCCGCGCGCCUCCCAAGGCCGCCUCGGACGAAGACGAAGACGACAGCGACGAUGACGCCGGCGUCAAGAAGGCCACCGCGGGUGUCAAGAAGAUGGCCGUCGGCGGAAUGAACCGCAAGGAGAAGGAGGCGUACGAGGCGCAGCAGGCCAAGGAGCGGUAUCGCAAGCUCCACGAGGCCGGCAAGACGGACGAGGCCAAGGCCGAUCUCGCCCGCCUCAAGGAGAUCCGGGAGCGGCGUGAGGCCGAGGCUGCGCGCAGACAGGCUGAGCGAGAAGAGGCCGAGGCCCUCGCCAAGGAGAAGCGGUCCGAGAUCGAGCUCAGGGAGGCCAAGAAGCGCGAGGCGGCGCUCGGCAAGCCUGCCAAGAAGGGCAAGAAGUGAAGCUGAUGCCAUUGCGUCCUCGCUUCAGCAUGGCAUUCGCCAAGUUCUCUGGGCGGCAGUCGUCGGUGGGAUAUUCUUCGCUAGGACGGUCUGUCGGAAGCGCCCGUACAUGGGGGAUAUGGCGGCGCAGGAGUCGCCUAUCUGUUUUGUCGAUAUAAAGCCGCGAUACAUAAAAUACGAUUUGGCACAAAAUGACCGGCAACAACAAAGUGUUCCCCCGUGGUGACGAAGUUGCGAUGUAAGGUCAUCUUUGUGGAGCGAGUCCCCCUUACCAUGGUCGACGUCCAAAAAGAGUGGCAUGAGCUCUCUUGAAACGAGGUGACUUACCGUCCAGACAAGAGUUGAUACUUUGGUCGCGCUCGUCAUAUUGCCCAGUUAGAAGCCUAGGAUUUCAACAAUGGGUGACCGCAAGGUAAGCAAGUAUCUGCAGGUGCUUCGGGAGCUUCAGCCUCGCGGGAAGGAACCACAGAUGUCUUCAUCUGGACGAACGAACUUGAA